AUGUGUGUUAAUAUUCCCGAACGUCAUCAUAGUGAGAGAUUAAACAUAAAAAACAGAGGCGUCCUGGACACCAAACCACAAAAGACUGUAAAAGUAAAUUCGUAUGGUUAUAUCCAAUCUGUUGCCUCGUUAAAGCGACCUGAUUUUCCUUAUAAUUUUACAAUAGCUAACUACGAAGAUAUCGAAAAAAAAUUAGCCAGACUACCACAGUUUGCAAAUACCCAGAACCUUUUCAGAUGUUUACAGAAUAUACAGCUUGCUGCUGAUAACAGAAGCGAAAAACUGGAAAAUGCCGCUUGCACUCGUUGCACAUAUGAAAUUAUUAUUGAAAAUCAACGUGGAGCAACUUGGUUUGGUUCCAAAAUGUACACGAAUAAUUCCGUCUUGUAUCCUAUCGAUCCGCCCAAAUAUCAAACAUUAAGCGGAAAAAAAAUAAACAGUAUUUCCUUAUACCCCGAUACUGGCAAAUGGAUAUGGCCGAAGUGGCAUGUAUUGCUGAUUAAUGAUGUAGAUGAAGAAGGGUGGAUAUACUCAAGUAUUCGAUUUGGCAGUGAAAACUGGUCAGGGAUCGGAAAAUUUGGUAACUUUGUAAGAAGACGUAUCUGGAUUCGAAUGGCUGAAAGUGCAGAAGAAACGCAAGCAACGGAAACUCUUGGAAUUAUAAAACCUAAAAAAAGUGAAAAUGCCAAGGAAAUUGCUUUGAGUAAUAUUAUACACGUAGAUGUUAAUAAUAAGCCCAAGGCUCUUCUUGAAAGUUCCCACGAAGAGGAAAAGAGAAAAAAGCUGUUGUGUAAAAAGGAGAGAUUUGCGGCGAAAGGGCUAAAAAUUGAAACUAAAAACUGGCCCAAGAAAGAAAGAGAAGUAUUAAGGUCCGAUAUAAUUAACAUGAAUUAUAUAUAA